AUGGUCCAUUUUACCAUCUAUCUUUGUUCCUCUCUUCUUUUUCUGAUCGCACAUCCGUCAAUUCCUCCAACCCAGCAUCAACAGGAACUGAAUUUCGAACAAACAACUCAGCUUUCUGAAACUGCCAAAGGUCAUCGCAGCCCGAUCGAGGAAUUGGCUGGUAUUUCGUUACCACCACUGACAUAUCCAAAGUCAUCCUACCACGGUCAUCAAUCGACUCAACCGAAGUCUACUGAAAGUCAAGCAGUAGAGACGUUGAUCAACGAGUCAGGAAUCGAUAGGCAGACUUAUGAGGAGAGCGAAUUUAUUAGUCUUCAAUUGGAUGACUUCGUGAUCUACGCGUCGCCCGAGGACUCACCGGCCCCCUAUGGCAUGGUUUCACUCGAUCAGGUGGCUGGAAGGUUUGGAAAACAGACUGUCAAAUUUUUCUUUGAUGGGGUGCUGAAAGUGCCGGGGAGCCAGGGACUGUACCUGGAAAAAGUGCCAUUCCGCUUUGUGUCAAUUGGAGGAUAUGGAGACAUCGAGCAGCAUCAUGUCGGGAAAGAUAUGUGGAUCCAGUCGAUUUACGGCGCAUCUACAUCGCUCGGAGACCUAUGGUAUCAAUUGGGCACGCCCGCCGUAGAAUAUAAAGACUACCAUCAGUCAUUUUGCUGGCUUGCUAAUCUUGCAAAGUUUUUCAUUGACUACCUCCAACAUCAUGAGAAUGUCAUUCUACGCCACUUUAAAAACGACUUUUCCUCCUGGCUUAAGGACCUGCACGGGCCGGAUCCGUCUUUUGUACAAUGGAUGGCCGAAUACAAAAGUCUCGACUUUAGACACGCUAUCAAUUCCUACUCCAAUUUUCUCGAGAAGCAAGCAUGGGAUUUGGACCCUACUUACUGCUCUCAUCCUCUUUGGGCUGAACUUGGUGUUACUCAGGACGACCAUGUUCUCCAAAUGCAACCGCAAAAAGCAAAGCGGACUGUUGUCACGCCAUACGUAUAUAAAUGUUUCAAAAACAUGGUGUGGGCAAAUUGCCUUACUUCCGUGGAGCUUGAUCCUCAGGUAUCAGCAAAUCACAAGAUGUGCAUCCCCGUGAGAAGCGCUCACCGAGAUUAA